GUUGAUGUGAGUGUGAACGGAACGUAACGUCGUAUUGACGGACUGACGUUCACUCGUUGAAGUAUAUAGGUCUAUGUAUGUACAUAUACAUGUAUACACAAAGAGAGCUCAUUAUAUUUUGUACAUAGGUAUACAUAAGUAUAUGAUGAGUAGUUCCCCCAGCAGAUAGACUGUACAAACACACGCGCUGACUGUGCGUGUAAGUUCAUGUUGAAACCACUUCUAAUUUCGUUGUUGGUUCGUGUGUAUGGGCAACUGUAGUGUUUUAUUUGAGUGAUUUCAUUAGGUGCGCGUUACGUGACGAACGUAUUACAUGGGUUUUUUUCUGUGCUAUUGUAUGUUAAUAAUAACUUGAAUUCUGCCGAGAGCAAAUUUUUUAAUUGUACAGCAACUAAAUUUGUUUUCGAAAAACAAAAUUGAAUUUCGUUCGAAAAAUUCAGCGAAAUGUUUAUUUAGAGUGGGAAAAAGUAACUAUGAACUUUCUAUGAAGAAAAAUUGGUGUCAUUUUUAAAGCAGCAAACAAAACACGAAAUUCACACAGCAAAAAAUUGUUUGAAGUCAGUGCAUUCGAUGAGUGAAUUAUUUGCCAAAACAAAAAGAAAAUUACGAGUGAAGCGAAAUGCCAUCGAUAGGUGUUAAUUUACGAGUAACUGGCCACUGCAGCCAAGGUGGAAGAAAGUAUAUGGAAGAUUUCUUUUCGGUCGCCUAUCAACAGGGUUUGGCCGAUGAACGUGACUUUGAAUACGCUUUCAUUGGAAUCUAUGAUGGUCACGGAGGUGCUGAAGCAGCCACUUUCGCCAAAGAGCAUUUAAUCAAUUUGAUUGUCAAUCAAAAGGCCUUCUGGUCGGACGACGAUCAUGACGUUUUACGUGCAAUUCGGGAAGGAUACAUUGCCACCCACUAUGCUAUGUGGCGUGAACAAGAAAAAUGGCCAAAAACAGCGUCAGGUUUGCCAAGUACGGCUGGAACCACAGCAUCAGUAGCCUUUAUUCGUCACGGAAAAAUUUACAUUGGUCAUGUCGGUGAUUCGGGCAUUGUACUCGGCUAUCAAGAAGAUGGUGAGAAACACUGGCGUGCCCAGGCAUUAACUCAGGACCACAAACCAGAAUCUCACGAAGAGCAAACACGUAUCAUAAACUCAGGUGGUAAAGUGAUCAAUAAGGCAGGUGUACCGCGAGUCGUUUGGAAUCGACCACGGAUAGGUCACAAAGGGCCCGUUCGGCGUUCAACACCCAUCGAUGAGAUCCCGUUUUUGGCUGUCGCACGAAGUUUAGGCGAUCUAUGGAGCUAUAACUCAGCGUUAAACGAGUUUGUUGUGAGCCCCGAACCAGAUGUCCGUGUUGUUAGAAUCGAUCCGAAACGAUUCAAAUGUCUAGUUUUCGGAACGGAUGGAUUGUGGAAUGUAGUUUCACCGCAGGGAGCUGUCGACAACGUUCGACUAUCUGACCAGAUGAAUGAGCGAAGUGCAUGCAACGCUGAGUCACGAGAGUGGAUCAAUCCAAGCAAAAACCUCGUCGACAAAGCACUUGAACGAUGGAGUACCAAAAAGAUGCGUGCCGAUAACACAUCCGUUGUUAUAAUAAUGUUUGAUCCACCUGGUCCACCAAAACGAGAUCUGUUGAAAUCACCAGCGUCAAGAUCACACUUAUUGGGCUACUUGCCAGAUAGUCAACCGUCACAGCAUUUGGAAAUCGAACCGGUGCAAAACUUUGGCAUGUACGAUCACAGUACGAACGAGCUUAUGGACAUCGAUGGUAUACCUCUGCCAACGAGUGGGGCAACCGUUUUGACGCGAUAUGAGAACAUAACGGAGAGUGAUGUUCAGACGCAUAACCAACAGCAAGCCUUUGCAAAUGCCACUGAUGAAGACAGUUUCAAUGGUAAUGAAGAACCAUAUAUGAAUAGUUUUGCCGAAUCGUAUAAUUCAUUGUUAAACUCGAGCCUUAAUGAAGAUCAUUCCUAUGUGUACAAUAAUGAAGCAAGCGAAGAUAGUGACUUUGACGAUUCGAACAGCUAUGACAAUCCAAACACAACGCAUCAGUACAUGGAUCGAUCGCAUGAGCACACACCGAUAUACAGUUUGCACAAAUUGCAAACGAGAAGUGAACAGCAGUACAAUGCGUACGCUUCGACGUCAUCAUCACCGAUGCCAUCUACGUCACAUGCAAUGUACGGAAGCUAUCAGCAUAAUUUGGUCGAUCAUAAUUAUUUAGGCGAUCGAUCGCAAUAUCCAUCAACAUCGAGUGGUUACCGGGGCAGACAUGUCGAAACUGAACUGAAUCGAAAUGAAGAGGAUGAAAGAACAUUGUUGCCUUUGAGCUCAAGUGAGUAUCGUAUUCAACCGAAUGCCUCAGUUGAUCCAAAUGACAUAACAAUAAUCAAAAAUUGUUCUCCGAAAGAAUCACAAAGUGUCGACGUUGCCAAGUCAACGAGCUAUGCGGCGAAAGAAUGCAUCGCAUCAACAUCAAAAGGUGUGACGAGCGAAGAGCUGAAUGAGUCAAGCAUUAUUGAUGACAGCAUUCAAAUCAAUGAAAUUUCGUCAUCGGAUAACAAUGACUCGACGUCCAGUUUGCGUGAACCAUCGCCACGACUGAAAAAGCUAGCUGCCAACCUAAAGAAAGCAACCAUGGUCUUGCAGCAACCGACAACCGGACGAAAGGUAACCCGAAGUAGUCUAGCCUCCUCUGUACGAGUAACAAGAUCUGCAGGUACUGAAAAACGUGCACAGCCAUCAUUAGCACGAAGUUUGAAACCGAAGGUGGCGAUCAUCAUUCAAAAGCCAUCAGCAAAUGUGACCAUUGGUCGCGUGCAUAAGGAAAAUAUUUCGAUCUUACGCAAGGUGCCAGUCAAAGCUUUAGUGGAUAGUGCAAUUGUAACGCCGAGUCGAACACGAAGUUCAGAGGCACCACAACAAGACACCAAGCUUCUGAAUCAACGAACGCUGCGAUCACAAAAUGCAUUGACCAAAAACACUGCCAGCAAAACCAUCUAUCGUCCGACACAAAACCAAACCACCGCCGUAAGCAGUUUCAUUCAAAAGAUUGGCCGAGUCGUUACUCAAGCCAAAGUGUAUCCGGUAUCGACGCGAGCGAACAACAAUACCACCAGAACAAAUAACAACAACAAUAACACAGCGAAUACAAAGAAUUUGACGUGCAAGAAACAACCAAAACGUUUGAUUCACGCUGAAUCAGUACAAAUAGUUAAAUCAAGUAGUAGUUGUAAGUUGCAAAAAUCCACAGAACCAUUGGCUCAAGCUAGGACGUCAACGUUGCGAUUCAAAGUGGUCGUUGCAAAAAAAUCGGUGGUGGAACAACUCAGAAGCUGCUCCACUCGAGCAUCUGUUAUCACCCGACGAAUGCGAUUGCAGCAAUAGCAUUAAAUUAUUAUUCAUUGUGAGCAAAUCAACAAAUUUUCUUUUGUUUCUCAUAAACCCAUUGCUUCAUACUCAUUUAAACAUCAACAACUCACACAUUCGAUUGAAGACAACGUAUGAACAAAUUGCAAGACCCAAUGAUUGGUCUUUUUGUGAAUUAUUUCCAUACCAUUGAUGAAAUGGUAACACUUAAAAGAAAUGCUCUAGUUAAGCUUUGAAACAAAUGUCUUAUUAAUCUUUAUUAUGUGUAUAUUUGGCACUUGAUUUUUUUUUUCUUUCUUCGUCGAUUCACAUCUUUCAUUUCUAACGUUAAUUUAUUGAAAACUCAGACGAAAAAUGCAAACAUUAUUCCAAAAAUGUUCAUUUUGGUAAAUUCAAUUUAGUUCAAAGCGAAUUUCAAUGUGAACGUUCUAUUUAAGACUCGACUAACCCGAUAUUAAAUGAUGUAUACAUGUUCUUUUUUUUUGUUCGACGCAAAACGAUUUUCAUUCAAAAUUAAUUAGAAUUUUAAGUGUCAUAUGUUGGAUAAUAAUGAUUUGAGAACAAAUCAAUUAUUUAGCGUUGGCAUUUAGAUUUAAUUUUGUUAAUUUUCCAAGAAAAACAAAACCAAAUGAUUCGUGCAUAUUCGGUGGAUUCUACGAACAAAUUAUUUUUUUGGAAUAACAUUGUGUAAAAUCAUUAUUCACGAAAUGAUUCAUCACCAUAGUUUAAGCUAACCAGAAAAUCAAAGAAAACCAAUGAAUCGAAACUUAACUGAGCCUGUUUUUUUACACCAAAAAAGAGGACGACAUGUGCACUUUUUUCGUACGUUUUCGAAUCACUACCGAAUAAUUGAAAUAAUAAAAAGAAUACACAAUACAGUUACAAGUUGUUUAAUAUUAUUAUUUCCCUACUUCAAUUUUUCUAAUAUAAAAAUUUUUAUUGCUAGAAAAUAGAAAAACAAAAUGAAAGAAAAAACGAUUCAAAUGAUAGAUGAACAGAUGUAAACGAAAUGUAAUAUAUCCAUAUAUUUUCUUUAUAAUAUUAAUAGAUGAAUUUUUUUUAUGAUAAUGGAAAAUACACGUAGAUAAUUGCGAUGAGUCCAAAUGUAGAAAUAGUUUUUUAAGAUGAACAAGUUAUUGAUAUAAUGGAUGAAUUGAUUAAAAAAUGAAAUAAAUUUUAUUUAAAAGAAGAA